GACACAAUCAAGGAUUAUUAUAGUUAUUAUAGUUAUUAUUUGGAUAGGUUAGCACGUUUGCCUCACACUUCCCGGGUUGGGGAUUCGAGUCCCGGCUCUGCCCUGUGUGCGUGGAUGUUCUCCUGGGGGUUUCCUCUGGUUAUUCUGGUUUCGUCCCCCAGUCACAAAGACACGUGUUGUAGGCUCAUUGGCAUUUCCAAAUGAUGGAACUCAUGAUAUGAAUGGGUGUGUGAAAGUGUGCGCAGUUGUGCCCUGUGAUGGGUUGGCACUACGUCCAGGGUAUCCCCCCGCCUUGUGUCCCGAGUUCCCUGGGAUAGGUUCCAGGUUCCCCUGUUACCCAGUGUAGGAUAAGCAGUAUGGAAAAUGGAUGGACGGUGCUAUAAGCUAUAAGACUCAUUAAUUUAAAAAAUAGGUCCAAUAAGAAGUAUAAAUAAUGUUCACUUCAACUGGGUGGAAAGUUUUGGAAUAAAAACAUCAAAUGCCUCCAAUCAAUCAAUCAAUCAAUCAAUCAAUCAGGUGGUACAUAUUUGUCUAAUAUUUGAAUAGUUGUUUUUUUUUUUUUUUUUUUUUAACUAUAAUGGCUGGAAAACAUUCAAGAACCCCUUCCCUAAAGGAAUCACAAACCCUAAAUAACACAAUAAUGUUCAUUACAUGAUGUGCUGCUGGAACAGAUUUGGAUGCAACCAUUUUCACUUCCUGUUUGAUUUACCUUUGGUUUUGUCUUCAGGAAGUGAAAUUCAGUUCAGUGCGGUUCAGGUCGGAUGUGAUUACACUCCGUGUCUACAUCUGUUCAACUGAUUUCUUCAUGCCAGGAAAAAUACUGCGGUCUUGCAUGGCCAGUCAGGUUGUGUGAUAUUGAGGAUAACAAAUAUUUUCCACCCAGUUCAUUGAAUUGAAUUGAGUUUAUCCAAGAAUGGCAUGGAAUUCCCCAUGGAAUUGGGCUACAUAUUUCAAUUCAAUUCAGUUUUAUUUGUAUAGCACAAUGCAGCUUUACAGAAAUGUAUCAAUUUCAGAUCUAAAUUUUAAGUUGAUAAAUUUAUCCCUAAUGAGCAAGCCAGAGGCGCCGGUGGCGAGGGAAAACUCCCUGGGAUGAUAUGAGGAAGAAACGUUGAGAGGAACCAGACUCAAAAAGGGAACUCAUCCUCAUCUGGGUGGCACUGGAUAGCGUAAUUAUUAAAAAAAAAUUCCCUUCUAUAACUGUGUGCUAUACGUUAAAACAAAGAGUGUGAUCAGGAAAUUCACCACAGUCUCAACACGAAGUCUGUUCCGCUGAAAUCAUGAACUGUCCACCGAUGGAGACCCGAGCGCAAAGUCUGUUUGUGCAAUUGUAGUCCAAAACCGUCACCGCAACCGCAGUCCCAAGAGACAGCACCAAAGCUGCCCGCAUCAAUUGCAGUCAAAUGCCAUCUCCACAGCUUCCAAGUGUCCCGAGGUUGUACAUAUGGGACCAACCUCAGCAACAGUGACUGGCCUUCAAGCGACUCCAGAAGCAGGGCACCAGGACGGUCCAGGCCGGCCCGGAGAGCAGAACGGGUCAGGCCCUUUGCUAUCUCGGGAGCAACAUGUAGAGCUUUUUAUUGUAGAGGUAGCUGCGGUACACACUGCACACAUUAGAGUCGUUAUAUCCACACUUUCUAUUUUGUCCCCAACCCUAGACUUGAGCAAAACAAAAUAAUUAGUGAAAGAAUUAUUUCAAAAAGUGUCUGGGAUUUAGUACAGUACAUUGAAAUGUAUUACACGAUGUUACUUUGGAAUUAUUACAAUACAUUUGGUGACAGUUGCCCUGAUUUUUAUUAGCAUGUUCAGGGUCAGACUUUGAGUUUUGGUAUUGGCCUGGUUUUGUCAUGGAGACUUGGCAACCUUGCCUCUAUUGCACGCCAGCUAGCGACAGCAGACAGUGAAGGUUAAACGUGUACACAAGAAGCCACUACAAAUUUGAAACUGUUGCUCAACUGCCCUAUUAUGUAUGCAUGGGCUAACAGAUUGGCUAACAUCCAUCUGAUUGUCAGGACAGAGAGAAAAGUCCCGUCCUUCUCACCCAGCGGGUUGAAUAUGCUCUCUUGGACUCUCGCCAAUGGAUGAUUGUGGCGUCGUCAGGAUUCCAGCUUCAAUCUCAUGAUUCCUGACUACAAACCUGAAACCUUAAACAGCUGUGCCACUCGGGAACAUUCUGCACUGUUUCAUUUCACAUCCUGUGUGCUGUAUUGCACAAACAAAACGACUGAAACUGUGAAGAAACUGUGCUACUGUCCAAUUAUUUUCCACCUGUACUGUAUUGCGAAUGUGACAAAGCCCCUGGAUCAGGUAUUAGUUGUUUUUUUUAUUUUUUAUUUUCCUUUCUUAAGCAAUCUUUUCCUGGCAGGACACAGCAUAAUCGAAUUCUUUAUUCAAAGAGGGAACACAUCUAACAUUCCAUUUCACGAUUAAUUUCCAUACCAGUGUCUAGAGGGGUUUAUUUUUACAAGAAGUGUCAACCCAAAGUCAAGGCACGUUCCAGCCACAGAGCAUUAUGCAGAUUGGAACCAGUGCAUUUUUAAGCAAAGAAGACAUCCCCAUCCUGAUCCUAGAACAAGACAUGUACAACAUUCCAACUGAUUCAGUCCAACUUUGCAUGUUCUGAUUGAUUGGCGUUUCAUGAAAGGUCAUUCCUUGCAUGUAUGCUUGUCAACAGCAUCUGUCGUGUUAAGUUUAAAUGUUUUGGUGACGUCAAGGGACUGCUGGAACUUUGGCAGCUCUAGGUCCUGUAUAAAAAGCAUGAACUCGAACAGAGCGAGCUCAAUACAGUGGAACAGAGAAGGGGGAGGGAAAAAUAGAAGUGUCGCGAUAAGAUACCAAAAUGGAGGUGUUUAUUUAAGUGGUGUCAUGUCUCUGGUGCAUACUGACACCAUUCUGGACUAGCUGCUCGUUUUGGUGGGAGGAACAACGACACCUGAGAGAAGCCUUAAGAGGAGUAAGAUAGGAAGGACCGAAAUAGCUGUUCUGAUAACUUUUGCUCACAGUGACCCAAGGAUUAGUGGUGCUUCUUUCUCUUGCCUUUUGUCUUGCCCCUGAGCUGUUAUCCUGACUGCGUUUCACUCCAAUCAUGAGUAAACCGGUGACUCUGGCCACCUGCAUUGCCAAGAUGUACGAAGGUGCAAAGCUGGACAACUCUGGAGCAGCAUCUGGGUCACCAAAGAAAGCCAGUUCGACUCUUCUGGGCAGUCUGGGCCACAUUGAAGAGAAGAUAAAGCUCCUGGAAGGAAGAGUUGAACAGGUCACAAAUACACAGAGUUUAGUGCUUCAGAAAUUAGAGUCAGUGUGUAAAGGAAUGGUAGUUUUGGAGAAGAACUUUGCACAAAUCAAUCAAGACAAAGCUGUAGUACAGUCCUUUAUAAAACCUCCUCGUAGAGAUGCAGAACAAGGCGUGUGUGAUUCAGCUGCGAUCGCUGAGGUCAAAUCCCUCUGUGGAGAAACGGUGGCACUGUUGAUGAGCCUGAAACAAGAAGGCCAGCUGCAGAGAAAGAAAAUCGAGGGGAUAGAAAGUUCAGUUUCAACCCUGGAUAAGGUGCUCGGGUACGUGGGCGAAGCUUUCCGCAGCUCAAAGAUAGUGGAGUUCAUUCUCAGUGGCGUCGUGCCUUGGAGGAAGCAAGGCCUUCUGGACGCAACAGACGAUCAGAAAAAUACAUCAGAUGGUGAUGCCACAAAGGCCAAAAGCUCUUUCUGUCACACAGGAACUCAGGCUCCGGAGGAACUUAAUGAGCAACCUGCAGUCCCACACAAGCAUCAAGAACAUAAAGUCAACUCUCCAGCCCUUGGUUCCUUUCCAGCUUUAACAGGAGAAGUUCCGGCUCUUAAAUCCCAGCGCAGGCCAAAGGAGGUGACGCUGAAGAGCAGAGAGCCGGGCCGAGUUCAGGCCUUCGCUCCCGAGAGCCCGAGCGAGCCCGAAGCGCUCGAAGUCAGCAAAGAUGAUAAAGUCUUGCCCGCAGAGAGCAUCUCCGUGACUGCAGCUUCUCAGCUUGAGAGCAAAACCCCAGAAACAGAAACCCCAGGAACACCUGAGUGCACAGAUGUUUCUGCAGCUGCUGUCCUGCCCUCUGUGGACUCUUUGAUUAAAAGACAGGAGCCGAAGCAAAAGACGGAAUGUGAGCAAAAAACUAAAGACGUCCCUGAAGCCGAGCCGUGUCACGACGCAAAGCCGAACCUGCCAAUCACGGAGAACUUGGAACAGAAGGAGUCCGUUGCUCUGGAAACUCCACAGCCGACAGAAGCUGAGCGUGAACCCAAACCCGUACGGCUCACCCAGGAAACCGGCACCGAGACUGCAGAUGUGGUUCUGGAAAAGCCUAAAACGCCCCAGAACAAAUCCGAGCCUUCAAAACGUGACGAAGUGGCGAGUUCUGCACCACAGAGUGAAGAUCCUUCGAAAUCUGCAGGCCUGGAUUUACAGUUUCCUAUCAUUGACGAUUGCCCUCCUCGACCUGCCCCGUUCGAGCACCGCAUCGUCAGCGCCAAGCAGGUUCCCAUCGGCUCCUAUUACACAGUGGAACCCAACGAGUUGCUGGGAGGGGGGCGUUUCGGCCAGGUUCAUAAGUGUGCUGAGCGCUCUUCAGGUCUCACUCUGGCUGCCAAGAUGAUAAAAGUGAAGGGGUUGAAAGAAAGGGAGGAGGUGAAGAAUGAGAUCGGGAUGAUGAAUCAGUUAAAUCACGUAAACCUCAUUCAGCUGUAUGACGCAUUCGAGUCCCGGACCAAUCUCACCCUUAUAAUGGAGUAUGUGGAGGGCGGCGAGCUGUUCGACCGCAUCGUGAACGAAGAUUACCAGCUGACGGAGCUGGACGCCAUCGUGUUCAUGCGGCAGAUCUGCGAGGGAGUGCAGUACCUCCAUCAGCAGUACAUCCUGCACCUGGACCUGAAGCCUGAAAAUAUACUGUGUGUCAGCAGCACCAGCAACCAAAUCAAGAUAAUUGAUUUUGGACUUGCUAGAAAAUAUCGACCCAGAGAAAAGCUGAAGGUCAACUUUGGGACUCCUGAGUUUUUGGCACCUGAAGUGGUGAAUUAUGACUUUGUGUCAUUCCCUACAGACAUGUGGAGCGUUGGUGUCAUCACUUACAUGCUUUUAAGUGGCUUGUCACCUUUCUUGGGUGAAAACGACGCCGAGACGAUGAACAACAUCCUUCACGCCAACUGGGACUUUGACGCAGAGGCGUUUGAGAACGUGUCUGAAGAAGCGAAAGACUUCAUCUCUAAAUUACUCAUCCCUGCAAAAUGCAGUCGACUGAGCGCCUCAGGCUGUAUGAAACACAGCUGGCUGAAUAAUCUGGAGGAAAAAGCAAAGCAACACCGAGUUCGUCUCAAAUCCCAGAUGAGACUGCAGCGUUACCUAGCAGCUCAUCGACAGUGGAAGAAACACUUCCACGCGGUGACGGCAGCCAACCGGCUCAAGAGGUUCCAGAAGAGCAGAUCAAGCAACACGCUGUGAUUCAUACAGGAAAUACAGGCCCGAGGAGGAAAAGAUGGACAUUCCUUUCUUCUUCACGCUCGUAUGGGCUUCACUGAGCUUCGAGUCCAGUGGAGAAGUGCGCGUGAAGAUGACUGGGUAACGAACGUGGUACAGAUCAGCGCCAUGUUGAGUGUUUAUUUCGAUUUUUAUUUUCUUGUAGUUAGUCGAAGGAGCAGCAGCUGAUUGAAAAAUGACAUUUUUAUUGUAGUGAUAAAUGUUUCAAUGCUCACUUUAUUUAUUAGUUGUUUGAUGUACUGUUUUAAACACAACCGAAAAUAAUUGCCACAGAUUUAUCUGCCGUGAGUGUAAAGUCGCUGCUGUACAUGUCGCGCACUCACACGGAAAACGAAUUCUCCCUUCUGUGAAGGUGGUGUUUUUUCUUUCUCUUUUCUUCUGUAAUUAACCUCUUUUACUUUUUUUUUCUUCCUGUUUCUUGCCUCUUGUGAUACACUUGUUCAGUUAUGCAAUAAACUCAUGUGAACACUUCUGGCACUUGGAGUUGCCGUGGGGAAUUUUUUUCCUGGAGUAAACGUCCUUCCUCACAGACGAAGCCAGCAGCCGAGGGAAGCGAACACAUUCCCAAAAGAUGUCCAGUUUAGUGAGGCACACCGUACGUUCGGAAUCUUACAUCCCGGUGCCGUAAUAUACGUUUCACGGCAAAGCCUGAAAGCAUUGUUUUAUUUGAAUCUGUUGAUUUUUUAACUCGAAAAAAAAAACCUUUGGAGAAUUCGUAAUGGUUUUAAUGGAAACUGUAAUGGUCUCUACUGGUAAUUUACUGCCAUACCGAACAGCUGACGGUUUGUAAUGGGAUUUGUACUGGAAACCAUUAGGAUAUCUGAGACACAUUUACACUAAAAAUGUCUUUACGCAACUCCUACAAUGCACAAAAACACAUCUUUCCCCUCAAGAAAUUCAAACACUAUGAAUAUGCAAAUUAGACACACCCCUAACUGCACAUCACUCCUCCCUCUUCACGUAGCACAGCAUGAG